AUGGCUGAGUAUAAAGCUUGCAUCCUCGGUCUGAAGAUGGCGAUUGAUAUGAACGUUCAUGAGCUUCUGGUUAUUGGAGAUUCAGAUUUGCUAAUUCAUCAGGUGCAAGGAAAAUGGGCCGUGAAGAACCCAAAGAUUACACCGUAUGUGAAGUGUAUACAGAAGUUCUGCAAAAGAUUUCAUAAGAUCGAGUUCAGACACACUCCUAGGACACAGAAUGAGUUGGCCGAUGCUCUUGCCGCCAUUGCCUCAAUGAUUAAACGUCCGAAUACAAGUUGUAUUGAUCCCUUGGAUAUAGAGGUAAAAGAGCAGCCUGUCUAUUGUUCACAUGUUGAAGCGAAACCAGAUGGUUUGCCUUGGUAUUUUGACAUCAAAAAAUAUGUUGAUGCUAGUGAAGCUGCAAAGCUUCUGGAACAGAUACAUGCCGGAGCUGGCUAUUUUUUGAUGACUAUGAAGCAUGAUUGUUGUAAGUUUAUGCAGAAAUGCCAUAAAUGUCAGGUGCAUGGAGAUCUAAUUCGAGUGUUUCCUCAUGAACUCAAUGCCAUGAGUUCACCUUGGCUGUUUGUAGCUUGGGGCAUGGAUGUCAUUGGUCCAAUAGAGUUUGGAGUGCCAGAAUCCAUCAUUACUGAUAACGGAGCAAAUCUCAACAGUCGCUUGAUGAGAGAGAUAUGUGAACAAUUCAAGAUUACUCACCAGAACUCAACCGCCUAUCGUCCCCAAAUGAAUGGAGCUGUAGAAGCCGACAACAAGAACAUAAAGAAGAUUUUAAGGAAAAUGAUUGAUAAUCGCAGAGUAUAUGGAACAGAAGCAGUUAUACAUGUAGAAGUUAAAAUACCUUCAUUGAGAAUCAUCCAAGAAGCUGAAUUGAGUGAUGCUGAAAGGAAAGUAAGAGUCAGAAUGUUUGAGGUUGGUCAGUUGGUUCUCAAACGUAUUUUCCCUCACCAGGAUGAAUAUAAAGGGAAAUUUGCACCAAAUUGGCAUGGACCCUACAUGGUUCGCAAAGUACUAUUUGGAGGUGCGUUGGUCCUGUCGGAGAUGGAUGGCACCGAAUGGCCGAAACCGAUCAAGUCAGACGCUGUCAAGAGAUACUAUGUGUGA